AGGGAGUAUUUGAACGUUCUUCACGAACCGUACAUUAGAAUGGGGAAUGGUGCAGCAGAGGAUGUGGAAGGAUAUUUACUGUUGUCGAAACCUUGAGAUCGUGGUGGGUCGGAAAGAUCUUUCAAGGUAUAUCUAAUAUCCCAUGACCAACCAUUCAACGACGGUUAUUCUUUUCUGUGUGCAGAUUUACAUCGACUAGCGUUCCGCACCCUGAUGAGGCGAGAGACGCUGGUUGCUUUCCACAUGGAAAGAUGUUGUAUGAACGGCGGCGAGACUCCCAGGGAGCACAGAGGUGGUCACAACAUGCGCACCAUUGGGCAGAGCUCUGGCAAGGUUGCAACUGGGGAAGGGAAAGCCCCAUCUUGUCAGUCUGGGCAGAAACUGUCGUGGAGGAACUGCAUGGCGACGCUCCAGCAUGCAUAAUCGCACAUCUGGUCCGUGUCGCAAGCAGGGCAGUUCACGUCAAGGACUGGUCCCCACAUCAACUCGCUCCAGCGUUUCAUCGGUCCUUGCAGAUCCCAGCCCUGUAGCUCUUCAAGUCAUGCUCCUAUCGAGUAAAAAGCAUUAGUCGAUGGUCUACUUGUUACAGUCGAAGCGACGCCACAAAUUCCAUUCCCUUGACUGCGUGGCUGCUUUCGUUGAUUGGUUCCGUAGGCCAAUUACAGCGUCGCCGUUGCGCUUCCCUGCGGCCUCACAGAGCUGGGUUCUAACUCAUCGCUUUCAUUAUCAAUUUAUCAUCGUUAGAUUUUUGAUGUGGGGUAGGGCACAGUUGGUCCUGGGUCAGGUGGUGAGACUGCUCACAUUCGUCGCUAUAUCGGCGUCGAGGACAAGAAACUGCUUGCGGGUAGUGCCAUUUUCGAAGCGGAGACGGAGGGUGGUUAUCAACGUAGAGUACCUGCAGGCCAGUUCGGGGAGUUUCUGCCCUGUUCUUCAGGGAAAAUUAGAGAGCUUGGCUGUCGCGAACUUGCCAGCUCGUCUUUAGAACGGUGGCCCAUCUCGACGCCUAUUUUAAACCUUUG